CUUUGUGCAUUCCCCUGCAGCAUACACAAAUAUGGAUUUCAUAGACUUCUGCCUCUUCUUCCCCACCCUCAUCUUCCUCCGCCUAUGGUGGCGUUACUGGUCUCGCAACGCCUCCCACCGCAAGAACCUGCCUCCUAGUCCGCCAGGUUGGCCACUUGUUGGCAACCUCAUCCAAGUCAUACUACAACGCCGCCAUUUCAUCUUCCUCAUACGUGAUUUACAUAAAAAAUAUGGUCCAAUAUUCACCAUGCAGAUGGGGCAACGCACCAUGAUUAUUAUUACGGACUCUAAACUCAUCCACGAAGCCCUUGUCCAAAGGGGUCCGGAGUUCGCCUCCAGGCCACCGGACUCUCCCAUCCGCCUUGUCUUCAGCAUGGGGAAAUGUGCCAUCAACUCUGCUGAGUACGGCCCACUUUGGCGCACCCUGAGGCGAAACUUUGUAACUGAGCUCAUAAGUCCUAUGAGAGUGAAGCAAUGUAGUUGGAUUCGGAAGUGGGCCAUGGAAAACCACAUGAAAAGGAUCAAAACUGAGUCCGUGGAAAAUGGGUUCGUGGAGGUGAUGAGCAACUGUCGGUUAACCAUAUGCAGCAUCUUAAUCUGUUUGUGCUUCGGAGCCAAGAUUUCCGAAGAACGGAUCAAGCAUAUCGAAAGCAUUCUCAAAGAGGUAAUGCUGAUAACAUCACCCAAGUUACCGGAUUUUUUACCCAUUUUUACUCCAUUAUUUCGCCGCCAAGUGAAGGAGGCAAAAGAACUAAGAAAGAGACAACUCCAGUGUUUGGUUCCAUUGAUAAGGAAUAGAAGAAACUUUGUGGAGAAAGGCGAAAACAAUAAUGGGGAGAUGGUGAGCCCUAUUGGUGCUGCAUAUAUAGACUCGUUAUUCAAGCUCGAGCCAGCAACACGCCAGUUGGGGGAAGAAGAGUACGUGACGUUGUGCUCGGAGGUGAUCAGCGCCGGGACAGACACUAGUGCCACAACCGUGGAAUGGGCUUUGCUUCAUUUGGUUAUGAACCAAGAGAUUCAAGAAAAGUUGUACAAGGAGAUUGUGGAGUGUGUAGGAAAAGGGGGAGAGAUCAAAGAAGAAGACAUCGAGAAAAUGCCGUACCUUGACGCCGUGGUCAAAGAAACUCUCCGGCGACACCCUCCGGGGCAUUUUCUUUUGUCUCAUGCCGCCAUAAAAGAUACAGAGUUAGGUGGAUACAAAAUUCCAGCCGAAGCCUACGUGGAGUUUUACACGGCAUGGGUGACUGAGAAUCCGGAUCUGUGGUCGGAUCCGGGUGAGUUCCGACCCGAGAGGUUUUUGCACGGGGACGGUGUUGGGGUGGACAUAACAGGGACAAGAGCAGUGAAGAUGGUGCCAUUUGGCGCCGGGAGGCGGAUUUGUCCGGCGUGGAGCUUGGGUAUGCUGCAUAUAAAUUUGCUGCUGGCAAGGAUGGUUCAGGCGUUCAAGUGGGUGCCAGUGCCGGAUUCUCCACCCGACCCGACUGAGACGUAUGCUUUCACUGUUGUGAUGAAGAAUCCUCUCAAGGCCCUCAUCCUUCCAAGGGUAAAAUGAAAAAGGGGAAACCCCUAAAGAAAAGGAUAAUUGUGACUAAUCAGGUUAUGCUAAAUUUAUGAACUUUUUAAUUAGGUUAAUUAAUUAAUACAUACUUUACUGCCUUAAGUUAUUUUGGUGGGAUUGUAAUUGUAGAAUCGUAUUUUUUUUUAUAAUAUAUGAUAUUAAUUAAU